AUGUCGAAGAAGAAGGGCAGCAGCCGCUCCGCGAAGGCCGGCCUGAUCUUCCCCGUGGGCCGCGUGGGCUCGAUGAUGCGCCGCGGUCAGUACGCGCGCCGCAUUGGGGCGUCCGGCGCCGUGUACAUGGCGGCUGUGCUGGAGUACCUGACGGCGGAGCUUCUGGAGCUGUCCGUGAAGGCGGCGAGCCAGCAGGCGAAGAAGCCGAAGCGCCUGACGCCCCGCACGGUGACGCUUGCUGUGCGCCACGACGACGACCUCGGUGCGCUGCUGCAGAACGUGACGCUGUCGCGCGGCGGCGUGAUGCCGAGCCUGAACAAGGCGCUGGCGAAGAAGCAGAAGGGCAGCAAGAAGGCGAAGGCGACCCCCGCCGCUUAG